CAACCCACCAAGCAUGAAGUUCCUUGUGGUGGCAGCGCUGCUGCUGCAGCUCAUCGUGCUGGUGGCCGCUGGGCGCGACUUUUAUAAAAUUCUCGGCGUCGCGCGCACCGCCACCAAAAAGGAAAUUAAAAAAGCCUACCGCAAGCUGGCCAUGGAGCACCACCCCGACAAGAACCAGGGCAACGACGAGGCUGCCAAAAUUUUCCAGGACAUUGGUGCCGCCUACGAGGUGCUUUCGGAUGACGAUAAGCGUAAAAUCUAUGAUCGCCACGGCGAAGAGGGCCUCAAGGACGGUGGUCAGGGCCACGAUGCCUCCGACAUCUUCUCCAGCAUGUUUGGUGGCAGCUUUUUCAACAUGCACUUCGGCGGGAAUGGCCGCGGCGAAAAGCAAGUGCCGCGUGGCUCCGACGUUCACAUCGACCUUGAUGUCACCCUCAGCGAUCUGUACAAGGGCGCCUUUAUCGAGGUGCUGCACACCAAGGGUGUCUUUCGCGAAGCACCUGGCACACGCAAGUGCAAUUGUCGCACGGAAAUGCGGACUCAGCAAGUCGGCCCCGGUCAGUUUUCCAUGGCCAACGUCAAAGUUUGCGACGAUUGCCCCAACGUCAAACUGACCCAUGAGCACGUCGAAUUGGAUCUUGAGAUUGAGCCAGGCAUGGUUCAGGGCCAGGAGCUCAAGUUUCAUGCCGAGGGUGAACCCCAUGCUGACGGCGAGCCGGGCGAUUUAAUAUUCCACAUCAACACGCUGAAACACUCCCGGUUUCAGCGCGCUGGCAACGAUCUUUUGACAAACAUCACCAUCACCCUCGAGGAUGCCCUGACGGGUUUUGAGAUGGAGGUCAAGCAUUUGGACGGUCACAAGGUGCAGGUCAAGCGCGAGGGAAUCACCGCCCCCAACAGCAUCGUCAAGGUGGCGGGCGAGGGCAUGAAGUCCUUUGACAACAACCUCGAGCGGGGUGAUUUGUACAUUACCUUUGAUGUCGAGUUUCCCACCCUGAAUUUCCCGUCAGAGGCUGUUGAGAGCCUCAAGGAGCUCUUGGGUCAAGGCAGCAAGCAGCGCGUUUAUAACGGCCUCGAAUCCCGCUUUGUCAAGGGUGCAUAGAGCUGGACUUUUUGACGCCUGAUCAAUGCUGAAAACUUUACAAUUUACAUCAAAAAGCC